AUCGUCAAUUGCACGCCGCGUGAGGUGCGACGCCAAAGCCCCCCGGAAGGCAACCCAAGGCUCUGUCACCCGCCUGCCCAUUGGCUCCGAAGCGACCAUGGACACGGAUACACCCUUGAACCACUCGACGCAGCGCGAGGAAACAUCGCAGACCUUGGGCCGCGUCUACGAGGCCAUCCACCACGAGCACGCCGCCGACAGCCCCCGCGACGACUACGACGAGAAGCACUCCGCCAAGGAGCUGGAGCGCAGCUACAGCCAUGUCGACCGCGGCGUCAACGUCGAGCGCGCCGAGGCCGAGUUCGCCGAGCUCAGCAAGGAGCUGUCGCGCGUGUCGCAGCACUCGCGCCGCAUAUCCAGGACCCACAGCAGGCAGAAGCACGAGACGGCUGCCGAUAUCGAGAAGGCUGCGAGUUCCGAGGACUCUGAGGCCGAGCAGUUCGAUCUGGAGAGCACGCUGAGGGGGAACAAGAGCGAGGCCGAUGAGGCGGGGAUCAAGUCGAAACGGAUUGGUGUUGUGUGGGAUAAUCUUACUGUCAGUGGGGUUGGAGGUGUGAAGAAUUUUGUCAAGACGUUCCCAUGGGCUUUUGUGACCUUCUUCAAUGUCGUUGAGACUUUCAUGAGUGUCUUCAAGCUUGGAAAGAAGGGGAAGGAGUUCGAUAUUCUUAAAGAUUUUAAGGGUGUGGCAAAGCCUGGAGAAAUGGUUCUGGUGCUGGGCCGUCCUGGCUCUGGAUGCACCACGUUCCUCAAAGUCAUUAGCAACCAAAGAUUCGGAUACACCAAGAUUGACGGGGAUGUGUUAUACGGUCCUUUCGACAGCGAAUUCUUCGCAAAGCGGUAUCGAGGAGAGGCGGUAUACUGCGAGGAGGACGAGAACCAUCAUCCUACUCUUACUGUUGGCCAAACUCUGGAUUUCGCCCUCGAGUGCAAGGUCCCUGGAAAACGACCUGCAGGCCUCUCCCGGAAGGAGUUCAAGGAAAAGGUCAUCGAUCUGUUCCUGAAGAUGUUUAAUAUCGAACACACGAAGGACACCAUUGUCGGAAACCCUUUCGUUCGCGGAAUCUCUGGUGGCGAGAGGAAACGAGUUUCCAUCGCUGAGAUGAUGGUUACUGGCGCAUCGGUACUCUCGUGGGACAAUUCAACGAGGGGCUUGGACGCUUCCACUGCCGUGGAUUAUGCAAGAUCUCUUCGAGUUCUCACCGACAUCUACCAGACGACUACUUUUGUUUCCCUCUACCAGGCAUCCGAGAACAUCUACAAGGUCUUCGACAAGGUCAUGGUAAUUGACAGCGGUCGCCAGGUCUUCUUUGGCCCUGCUAACGAAGCUCGUGCGUAUUUCGAGGGUCUUGGAUUCCUCGAGAAGCCUCGUCAGACCACCCCUGAUUAUCUUACUGGUUGCACCGAUCCAUUCGAGCGUGAAUACCAAGCAGGCCGAAGCGCGGAAGACGUCCCAAGCACACCAGAUGCUCUUGUAGCCGCCUUCAACGCUUCUAAACUAGGGUCUAGCCUCGAGCAAGAAAUGAAGGCUUACCACCAGACAAUGGCGGAAGAGAAGCAGGUGUAUGACGAUUUCGAGACGGCCGUCAAGGAAAGCAAACGACACGCCCCACAGAAAUCAGUCUACUCUAUCCCCUUCUAUCUACAGCUCUGGGCAUUGUCGAAACGUCAAUUCCUCCUGAAGUGGCAAGACAAGUUCUCUCUAGUCGUCUCCUGGAUCACUGCUAUCGUUGUUGCCAUUAUCCUCGGAACUGUCUGGCUCGAUCUCCCCGUCACCAGCGCCGGUGCCUUCACCCGUGGCGGUGUUCUCUUCAUCGCACUACUCUUCAAUGCUUUCCAGGCCUUUUCCGAACUGGCUUCUACCAUGGUUGGAAGACCUAUCAUCAACAAGCACCGCGCAUACACAUUCCAUCGGCCAUCAGCUCUAUGGAUUGCCCAGAUCGGCGUCGACUUACUGUUUGCAUCCGCCCAGAUCAUCGUAUUCAGUAUCAUGGUUUACUUUAUGUGUGGACUAGUCCGAGACGCUGGUGCCUUCUUCAUUUUCACUUUGACAAUCAUCACCGCAUAUCUUGCUAUGACGCUCUUCUUCCGAACCGUUGGAUGUCUCUGUCCCGAUUUCGAUGUUGCCAUGCGACUGGCUGCAACUAUUAUUACCCUCUUCGUCCUCACAUCUGGUUAUCUGAUCCAGUGGCAGUCUGAGCAAGUCUGGUUGAGAUGGAUCUUUUACAUCAAUGCUCUAGGUCUCGGAUUCAGCGCACUCAUGAUGAACGAGUUCAGGCAUUUGGAUCUCAAAUGCGAAGGAACAUCUCUUAUUCCCUAUGGUCCAACUUAUGAUGACAUCAACCACCAAGUGUGUACCUUGACGGGAAGUAGGCCUGGUCAACCGCUCGUCUCAGGAACCAGCUAUAUUGAGCAGAGUUUCGCGUAUUAUCCGAAGGAUCUCUGGCGCAAUUGGGGAAUUAUCGUCGUUCUCAUCGUGGGAUUCCUCCUGGCCAACGCUUUCCUCGGUGAGUACAUUCAGUGGGGCGCUGGAGGGAGGACUGUCACCUUCUUCGUCAAAGAAAACGACGAGCUCAAGAAACUUAACCAAACUCUCCGAGAAAAGAAGCAAAAGAGAAACCGCAAAGACGAGGGCGCUGCCGAUGCUACGUCUGGGCUCAACAUUACAUCCGAAGCUGUUAUCACUUGGGAGAACCUCUGCUACGAUGUUCCGGUUCCUUCCGGUCAACUCCGCUUGCUCAAGGACAUCUUUGGAUACGUAAAACCCGGGCAGCUGACCGCGUUGAUGGGAGCAUCGGGUGCUGGUAAGACUACCCUAUUGGAUGUCCUCGCGGCUCGUAAAAACAUCGGUGUUAUCUCUGGAGAUAAGCUCGUCGAUGGUAAGACACCAGGUCUUGCUUUCCAGCGUGGUACGUCGUAUGCAGAACAACUCGAUGUCCACGAACCCGCGACAACUGUCCGAGAAGCUCUCCGAUUUUCUGCUGAUCUUCGUCAACCUUAUGAUACCCCUCAAGAGGAGAAGUAUGCCUACGUCGAAGAGGUCAUUUCUCUUCUUGAGAUGGAAGAUAUGGCCGACGCGAUCAUUGGUGAUCCCGAGUCUGGUCUUGCUGUUGAGCAGCGUAAGCGCGUGACGAUUGGUGUCGAGCUUGCUGCAAAGCCCGAAUUGCUUCUCUUCCUCGACGAGCCUACCAGUGGUCUUGACAGCCAGAGUGCCUUCAAUAUCGUCCGUUUCUUACGAAAACUCGCUGCUGCUGGACAAGCCAUUCUGUGCACCAUCCAUCAGCCCAAUUCUGCGCUUUUCGAGAAUUUCGAUCGCCUGCUCCUCCUCCAGCGUGGCGGACAGUGCGUGUACUUCGGUGACAUUGGCAAGGACGCUCAUGUUUUGCUCGACUACUUCCGCCGUCACGGCGCCGAAUGUCCCUCGGAUGCCAACCCAGCCGAAUGGAUGCUUGACGCGAUAGGAGCUGGUCAGGCACCUCGCAUUGGAAAUCGUGAUUGGGCAGAUAUUUGGCAAGACUCGGACGAGUUUAGUACCAUCAAAGAGGACAUCGUCAAGAUCAAGAGAGACCGCAUGGCAGCGGUGGGUGCAGUCGAAGAAGUGGUACAAGCUGAAUACGCCACACCUCUCUGGCAUCAAAUCAAGAUGGUCAACGCUCGUACCCAUAAGUCUUUCUGGCGGACGCCAAACUACGGUUUCACCCGACUGUUCAACCAUGUCAUCAUCGCUUUACUCACUGGUCUCAUGUAUCUUCAACUCGACGAUUCUAGGUCGUCUCUCCAAUACCGUGUCUUCAUCAUUUUCCAGGUUACCGUUCUUCCCGCUCUUAUUUUGGCUCAAGUCGAGCCAAAAUACGCCAUUGCUAGGAUGAUCAGCUACCGCGAACAGGCGGCCAAGGCCUACAAAACUUUCCCCUUCGCUUUGUCCAUGGUGCUUGCCGAGAUGCCCUACAGCAUUCUAUGUGCUGUGGCCUUCUUCUUACCGAUCUACUACAUCCCCGGACUCAAUCCUGCCUCAAGCCGCGCUGGAUACCAGUUCUUUAUCGUCCUCAUUACCGAAAUCUUCUCCGUCACUCUCGGCCAGAUGGUAGCUGCUCUGACCCCGACGCCCUUCAUUAGUUCCCUUGUCAAUCCCUUUAUCAUCAUCGUCUUUGCCCUCUUCUGUGGUGUCACGAUUCCAAAACCGGCCAUCCCUGGUUUCUGGCGUGCUUGGCUAUACCAGCUCGACCCCUUCACUCGCCUCAUUGGUGGUAUGGUCGUCACCGAGCUUCAUGACCGCCCGGUCAGGUGUACAACCGCGGAAUUCAACAGCUUCUCUUCGCCGCCCGGACAAGACUGCGGAUCGUACAUGGCAGAUUUCUUUACCGCCGAGGGUCCAGGUUACCUUCUUAACAAUAUGACGGAAGCUUGCCAGUACUGCGCCUACAAAGUUGGCGAUGAAUUCUACAAGCCGCUUGGAUAUGAGUUCGGCAAUAGGUGGCGCGACCUUGGUAUCUUUGCUGCGUUUAUCGGCAGCAACUUGAUCAUCCUGUUUAUCGCGGCUCGUUAUCUCAACUUCAACCGCCGUUGAGCGGUAUAACACCACAGCGGUCCGUAUUCUUCAAAGCAUUUCUUAGUGGUGUCCAUCAAGGCGACCUUGUGAUCGGAGCACGGUAGACGGAUCUUGCGGUGUUCUUUUAGAAUACCCAAAGCGUUGGAUCAACCAAAAUUUUAGUGUACUUAAUAGACUGCGAGCGGAUUUCAAGGUUGGGAGCAUGGACGCUUGGCAGUUGUGAGUUGGCAAAAUAGUAGGUCAUACGCGCCUCGCUGAGUAGCUGUUCCUUUACACUGCCAACCUUCACAUUUACACUAGACAACCCGUAUAAUUUCCUCGAAUCAGUUGACACAAAUCUUACCACUUUUGGGUAGUAGAUUACUUCUGACUUGGCCUUCUCUCUGUUAUUUGGAUGGUGAAGGGAAGGACAACGUGCAAUCUACAUCUAACUGUUUGCUCG